AUGUUCUCAAGAGAAACUUUUAUUCAUGAUGCUGAAUUGGAAAUCGUCGUACCAAAUGAUAUAUCAAAAUGCAAUGAAGAAAAUAUUGAUGAUCUCUUUUACGCUCAACAAAGAACUCAAACUUAUUAUGAUGAAAUCCUUCAUUUUUAUCUGAUAAUAACUCUACCUCCCGAAUCAAAUCUCGUGAAUAAAAAUGAAGCAAUUAAUUUCUUUAAAAAACUCGACGUUACGUUAGAAACAACCUUAACUGGUACAACAAAUUAUUUAUCGCAAUUAGAAUAUCGUGAUCCUUCACCAUUAUCCUCUAUUAGUGGAUAUGAUAUAAGAUCGAGAUCAAAUUCAGAUGCUACAUCUCCUUCUAUACCUGGUACUCCUAUUAGUAUUUACAGUACAAAUUCUACGUGUGAUAAAAGAAUUUCUGGUAAAAUUACCGAUGGAAUUAUUAUUUAUUCUGCUCAAUACAAUUCAAAGAAAAAUAAUAAUAAUAAAAUGGUGGUGGUUGAAAGAAAUGAUUGUUGGAUUUGCGUUUUGCCUUUAUCUUUUCCUGUGGCUUUUGCAAAAUCGGGUGUUCAAAGUCCCGCGAUUGCAUUAAACAUCACUGUUACACAAAUCCCGGUUUCUAGAGAUUCAGAUUUGUAUUCCAUGGAAAAUUUCGGAAUAAACUUGCUAGAAGGCUUAAAUGAUGAUCCUGCAUUUGAAUCGUUGAAUGCGUCAUGUUUGAUUUCAGCGUCUCAACUAACGUCAACAAAACGAACAAGCAUUUAUUCAGCAUUACCUUCAACACCAAUUAAAAGGUGCUCUCGUAAAGUGCUUACGGUAAAACCAGCAUUAAAUGUUCGUAUGAGAACUACAAGCAUCUCGCCAUUGGAAAAUUCCCUAAUGAUGUCUAUUGAAUUAGAAAACAAUAUUGAAAACAAUAGUGCUUUCACUAUUGAAGAUGUAAAAGUUGAAGUUACCCAUGGUUUUGUCACCAGAUAUACCUUCAAUGAUAAGUAUCCAAUAUCAUUACAACCAGUGGAUCAAGUAACUUUCUUGUAUAGUAUAACAAUUUUAGACGAUCCUCCAACACCAAUUCAUUCAUUAAAUGCGUCACAAAUCGAAAAUAGACCAAGAUCCCUUUCAAUAACAAUAAAAGGAUGUCCCAUGAUUGACGGAGUUAAAUCAAAGUGUAUAGAAUCAAAAUGGAACUGCACAUUAGAUUUACCAAUUCGUGAUGAUUUAAUGGCUUUAUCUUAUUUUGGAGGAAUGAAAACUCCAUCAACUUUAUGUACAAGAAAUUCAAUUAAUUUACCUAAUACUCCUCAUAGCUUUCACAGAAUUAUGGAUGAUUCGUCUAUUUCAAAAAAUUUCUCUUCUGAUGUUGAUGGAAUUAAUGGAAUUCUAUCUAAUGGAAGAUUACCAAUUUUACAAAAACGGAGCAAGAAUAUGGAUUUUUGUGAUGACGUUGUUGUAUCCUUUGUAGUUGACGGUAACCCUGUGGUAGGUAAAAUAUUUAUCGUUAAUGCAUCUAUAGUAAAUAAAUCGAGCCAUACUAGAAGUUUUACUAUAAUGAUUCCAAACAAAAAACGAUCUAAUGAAAAGUCACUAAAAAGUCAAUCGCAACUAUCAAAUAAAACUUUGUUAAAUACAGAAACGAAUAUGACUUUAGUUAAAGAUAUAAAACCUUUAAAAAAUCCGUUCAUGGAUGAAACAGAAUUUUUAAGAAAACAUUUUGAAUUCGAAACCCCUGAUUCCGAUUUAAUUUGCUUAGAUAAUAAUGUCAGAGUUAGCCCAAUAAAUCCAUGCACGAGUGAAACAGUAACAUUGCAUUUUAUAUCAACAAAAGAGGCAUCACAUUUCAUUGAAUUAAUACAACUAGUUGAUAAUGAUACUGGAUUUAUAACGAAUUUAAGAAAAGUUAUUCAAGUUUAUGUUGAAAAAUCUUGCAAUGCAAGAGAUGAAAAAAGAUUCGAUUAA